AUGGCUCCCGCCAACACUCUCACUCGCGAGCAGGUCGCUUCUGCUCAGCUGAAGGGCGACUAUUCCAUCAAAUCCGAAAGCUCAGCACCGCAAUUGGACACCUCGCAAUGGCCUCUGCUCCUGAAAAACUACGACAAGCUACUCGUGCGGUCGGCUCAUUUCACCCCCAUCCCGUCUGGGUGCAGCCCCUUAAAGCGGGACAUUACCACGUACAUCAAGUCAGGUGUUAUUAACCUGGACAAGCCGUCCAACCCGUCAUCGCAUGAAGUUGUAGCAUGGCUACGAAGGAUACUGAGGGUAGAAAAGACCGGACACAGUGGUACCCUGGACCCCAAGGUUACUGGGUGCUUGAUUGUCUGCAUUGACCGCGCGACAAGACUGGUCAAGUCUCAACAAGGAGCAGGGAAGGAGUAUGUUGCUGUUCUCCGUCUUCACUCAAAUCUGCCCAACCCCGCGGCCCUCCCUCGAGCCAUCCAGACUCUUACUGGUGCCCUUUUCCAACGACCUCCCCUCAUCUCUGCUGUCAAGCGUCAACUUCGCAUUCGAACGAUAUAUGAGUCUACACUCCUCGAAUUUGAUGAGAAGCGCAACCUUGCUGUAUUCUGGGUCUCUUGCGAGGCAGGCACAUACAUCCGAACCCUCUGUGUCCAUCUAGGCCUCAUUCUGGGCGUUGGAGGUCACAUGCAGGAGCUCCGCAGAGUGCGAAGUGGUGCAUUAAGCGAGAACGACAGCAUGGUAACGAUGCACGAUGUCCUGGACGCCCAGUGGGUGUACGACAACACACGAGACGAGUCCUAUUUGCGUCGUGUUAUCCGACCGCUCGAGUCGCUGUUGGUUGGGUACAAGCGUAUUGUGGUCAAGGACAGCGCCGUGAACGCUGUUUGCUACGGCGCGAAGCUCAUGAUUCCUGGAUUGCUCCGUUACGAGGCUGACAUCUCGUUGAACGAGGAGGUUGUGCUGAUGACGACGAAAGGUGAGGCAAUCGCAUUGGCAAUCGCCCAAAUGUCGACAGUGGAGCUCGCAACUUGCGACCAUGGCGUGGUAGCCAAGGUCAAGCGGUGCAUUAUGGAGCGUGAUACCUACCCACGGCGGUGGGGUCUUGGGCCGAAGGCCCUGGAGAAAAAGAAACUUGUCAAGGAUGGCAAGUUGAGCAAGUUCGGUGAGAAGAUUGACGGCGUCACACCCGCAGAAUGGAGCCGAGACUACGUUGACUACUCGCGCGAGGAGCCUACGGCGGGCCCGUCAACGGCAUCUGUUGCUCCUCCAGCAACGACUACUGAGACCCCUGCGGAGGCGAGCCCCUCGAAGGAGAAGGAGAAGAAGCGCAAGCGGAAAUCCGAAGUUCCCGAUAUCGAUGCCGACGUCUCCAUGGCCGUGAAGGACGGUGCGACAGGGGAAGAUGAGGCCGCACGCGCGGAGCGCAAGCGGCAGAAGAAGGAGAAAAAGGCAAAGGAGUCUGCGGAGAAAGACGAAGGUGCCGAGGACGAAGAGGCGCGACGAGAGCGCAAGCGGCCAAAGAAGGAGAAGAAGGCGCGGGAGUCGUUGGGCGGCGAGUCGUAGUGAGCGGACUUCUUGUGUCAGGUAGCAUGAGCUGUGUCGCGAGUUGCAUACCAAAAUCAUCAUCUACUAUGAUGUUGCUACUGUCCUUGUUUAUCUGUAUUACAAUCGAUUACGUUGUGCAUGCGAUGAUCCUGC